UCCCCCCUCCACGUGGUCGAGGUCGGUGGCGCAGCGGUUACGCACCAGCCCCUCGGUUUGGGGCCGCCGCCGGCCCGCCUCUGAGCCCCGGAGUCCCCUCCCCGCGCAGACAUCCAUCCAGCCACCCGCUCCGCGCUCUCGCUCUCCUCCCGAAAUGUUUUAUUUAACAUGCUGUACCGGAAGGAGAAGCCAUAUUCCCCAGCCUUGAGCCGCCGCCACCGCCGCUGCCACCGUUGCCAUCCGGGCUGCCGCGCGCCCCAGCCCCCGGACCUCGGGGGCGGCUGCAGGAGGCUGCGUAGGGGCCGCUGGCAACCCCGCGCGGUGGGGGGCGCCCGGGGACGAAGCCCUGUUGCAUGCCGGGGGGCGGCCGUAUAAAGAGCCGCGGCUUCGCCAGGGGCCGCCGCAGAACCGGAGCCGCGCGCCCCGCGCCGACGCCGACACCCGAUCCAGGCGAGCCAAGCUUGGGGCCGAACGCCGCCCGCCUGCCUGCCUUCCUGCGGGAGAUCGGCUCGAGCGGAGCCGGGAUGCGGCUUCUCCAGGCCCGCUGGCGCGGCUGCGGCUGCAGGAGGGAGCGGACAUGCCCGUAGCUCUGCAGACAAAAGAGCCGCCUGCGAUUGCAGCUGCCCAACCGGCCCCCCGAGGGGAGGAGGCGGCGGACAAGGGCCUGGCGGCGGCUAGGCGCGCUCCACGUCCCGGAGAGUAAGAGGCGCCUCGUCCGCGCCCGGCAGCAGCGGAAGAGCGGAGAGGAGAAGGAGCGUUCGCGGCGCGCUGGCUGCCGGAGCCUCGGCCGCCUCCACCCACCCGGCCCCCGUGCCGCGCUCCUCUGCGGAGCCGCUCGCAGGCCCCGGACGCCCGGAAAGCUUUCCUCUCGCGCUGCCAGCCAUGGCCCCCGCGAAUCCGGACGCGGGCUGUCCGAGAGGGGUCCGAGAGGGACCUACGGAGCGCGCCGCGUCCUAGGGGAGGCAGACCCGCCCCGGGAGGGAGCGGAGCGCGCCUCUCGCCCACCGCGGCCGCCUUUGCGCCUCCGUCUUCGCCCCAGCGCAUCCCCUGCGCCUCUGGCCAGGCCCACCCGUCGUACUCCCUCCUCACCCCCCUGCCCUUAUCCCAGACCCCCAGCAACAGACUCCCCCGUCCCAGGAUUAACCCCCUCGCCAUCCCCCCUCUGGAAGGCCUUUCUUCUCCUCGCCCCCGGCUGCGCCCCUCCGUGCCUUCCCUGCGCCCCAUCACCCCAGGUACCCUGCACACACCUGUAAACGCGCAGCCUUCCUUUCUCCCAGCGCCGGCGCCUUUUGUGCCCGAGAUGUGGGUCCCGAGGCUGGCCCCCCGCUCGCCCCUCUGCGGCCCCCGGGGCUCCCCAUUGCCGCUCCUCUCCUCCGCUUCUUCCCCGGCCCCCGAUGCGGGGCAGGGGCACAGCUAGGCGCCCUUGGCCCCUUACCCUUCUCGUCCCCCCGCCCCCUCCUGCCGCCCCCCAAGAAAGCUAAACGCUGCCGCCGCCGUCGUCGUCCUUGCUGCUGCUGCCGCCGCCACCGGGGGAGGUAAAUGAUGUUCAAGUACCGGAUCCGCAUGUUCUUCAACGAGCUGAAGCUGCUGGUGUUGAUGCGGCGGGGCCGCCCGGAGCCCGAGCCGGGAGCCGGGGGAAGCCGCGGGGCGCUGGGCGGCAGCGGCUGCGGCUGGCCCCCCUUCGCCGACUGCUCGGCCCGGCAGGACGAUGAGGCCGAAUACUACGGCGGCGGAGGGGCCGAGACCCGGCCGCGGAGCCUGGCCCUGGAGGAGAAGGACCCCCGACCCCAACCCCCCGGGCAACAGCCCGGACAGCAGCCCGCGGCCGGCGGGGCGGGGGGAGCUUUGGACUCGGUGUCGCUUAGCAGCAGCUUGGAUAGUGGCAUGAGGACCCCGCAGUGCCGGAUUUGCUUCCAGGGACCAGAGCAGGGGGAGCUGUUAAGCCCAUGUCGCUGCGACGGGUCCGUCCGCUGCACCCACCAGCCCUGCCUGAUUCGCUGGAUCAGCGAGAGAGGCUCUUGGAGCUGCGAGCUGUGCUACUUCAAAUACCAGGUCUUAGCCAUUAGCACAAAGAAUCCCUUGCAGUGGCAGGCGAUUUCCCUGACGGUGAUCGAAAAGGUACAGAUCGCAGCCAUCAUCUUGGGUUCCCUCUUCCUCAUCGCCAGCAUCUCGUGGCUCAUCUGGUCGUCGCUCAGCCCCUCGGCCAAGUGGCAGCGCCAGGACCUGCUCUUCCAGAUCUGCUAUGGGAUGUACGGCUUUAUGGACAUCGUCUGCAUAGGCUUGAUUAUCCACGAAGGCUCCUCGGUGUAUCGAAUAUUCAAGCGUUGGCAAGCGGUGAACCAGCAGUGGAAGGUGCUGAACUAUGACAAAGCCAAGGACCUAGGGGAACCAAUUGGCGGGAGCACAAAGCCCGGAGGGCGGAAUUCACGGACGAACCCCUCCUCGGGGAGUGAGAGGGCCUCCCAGCGGGGCCAGCGGGUUAGGACUAUUUUGAACCAUCACUGUGGUUAUACAAUUCUGCACAUUCUCAGCCACCUGCGGCCUAACGAACAUCGCGGGGGCUCCAGUUCCAGCCGCGAGGUUGUCAUGAGGGUGACGACGGUAUAAUAACAGCCUACGGGGCCUUUGCCAGGAGGGAGAGGCUCCACAGUUCCCAUGGAAGGAAGAAGCUGAUGCCUUCAUCUUCCGCACAGGCUCCAUUCCGAGCCCUUACGGGGCGGGCCGCACGCUGUAUACUGUCCGACGCAGGAGGUUGCCCCUGGCUCCGUGGUGUUGCCGCCGCAGACCCCACCCGCCUCUUCCUUGUUGUGCGUGGGGAGUGCCUCAACUUGGUUGCACCUUCCUGCCCUCCCAUCAAUGUGAAUUUUUUUUUCUUUCUCUCUCCAUCCAGCUUGUGGUGAAAGGAGAGACAAUCCCCCUCCCCCCCAACCCCCCCCCCCAAACCCUCCUUUGUUAUGACUAAACUCCUUGGAAGAGUGGUGGGGGUUUUAUUUAUUUAUUUAAUUUUUUAAAAAUCAAAACAACAACACACACACACAAAAACAACAACCAGCCCCUGCCUGGUUCCUGUUGAACGAGUCUCGGCGCCAACCGAUCCAGAUAUUUGAAAACAUUUUUACCUCAUCUUUCAAAGGAAAUCCUGCCAGAAGACCCAUCCUGCCUUUCCAACCCAUCCCAUUGGUCUCUCUGACUGGGAGACACCAACCAGAGAGGUUCUGAACUUUUACCCGUCCCUCCAAAAUAAUAAUGGUGCAAUAAACAUGUUUCUUAAAGCAAAA